UAUAGAGUCAACAACUUGUCUAACCCAACUGACCUUUUCUUUUUCUAAUUAAUUGUCGACCUAAUGCUGCAUAUAAGUCUAUAAAACGGAGUCUGAGCAAUGUUCUUUGACAUAGUGAUUAAUAGCUUCCGAUUUCAGUUCUGUUGCAAGUUUCAACGUACUGGAUUUUCUCAAAAGAAAAACUCUAAGCCCAAGUCCAAUUUUGGUUGCAUAACUUACUAAUUUGUCCAUCAUAUAAGAUACUUACAUAGUCAGGCACUUGAUUUAUGGCUAUUAAUCCAGACGACAGCUUCAUCAUAAGCAUUACAGCAGAUUACACUUUAGACAGUAAAGGGAGGCUGCAAUCUCCUAAGACUCCUAUGAACAGUGGAGGACAUUCAAUAUUGUCAGAGACAAAAUGGCCUACCUUUAAGGAAUUUUUUGACCCCCAGGGGGCCUUCAUUGCAAUGUGGUAUAAGAUAUUUGUGAUUUCAUGUCUGAUUUCAGUAACCGCAGACCCUUUGUUCUUCUACAUCCCCUACAUCAACAAAGAUAAAAAGUGCAUUGAUGGGGACAAGAGGGUGAGAACUGCAGCUCUAGUCCUCCGAUCACUCACCGAUAUGACUUUCAUAUUGCAUAUUAUACAUGAAAUUAGGGUUAGUACCAACACUGUGGUGUCAGAGAUUUCAAAAAGAGGAAAGCCAGGUUGGCCAUGGAAAAAGGCAGCGUUACUUGGCUUUGCCAAGGCAAUAUCUCAGAAGAUGUCCUGGUUAUCUAUCUCCAUCAUUAUAGACUUUAUAGCCAUUCUUCCGAUCCCACAAGUGGCGCUGUUGGUAUUCUUUCUGAAAAUGGAUGGCUCAGAUUACAGAAGGAAGAUUUUAAACGGGUUCCUGCUCUUUCAAUAUAUGCCAAAGAUUUAUAGAAUCUACCUUUCGUGUAAAGAACUUAAACAAACCGGAAUAUGGGCUAGAGGUGCAUUCAAUAUUUUUCUCUACAUCCUCGCUAGUCAUGUACUUGGAGCCUUUUGGUAUUUCCUUUCUAUUCAACAAGAGACAUCAUGCUGGCAUAAGGCUUGUGAACAACAUCCUGAUACCAAAAGAUGUAUAUCAACUUACUACUGUGAUGACAGACCUACAAAUCCACAAUAUAUUAGUAAUAUUACACUCCUGGAUGAAAAUUGCCCGGUAAAUCCAUCAAAUGCAACAAAAUUUAAUUUCGGAAUGUUCCUUAGUGCCCUUGAGUCCGGUAGCACGCACUCAACAUAUUUUCCCAAGAGGUUCUUUUACUCUUUCUGGUGGGGUCUGCGAAAUCUAAGUUCUCUUGGUCAAAAUUUGGAAACGAGUACCUAUGUGUGGGAAAACUGCUUCGCAAUCGUUAUAUCUCUAAUUGGUUUGCUACUAUUUUUGUAUCUUAUUGGAAAUGUACAGACGUAUAUACAGUUGGCAACUACGAAAUCGGAAGAGAUAAGACAGAAGAUGAUAAUGAAAGAGCUAGAGAUACAAUGGUGGAUGUCCAGAAAUCAUCUCCCCAACGAUAUGAAGACAGUGAUCAUCGAAAACGUAAGACAGAAAUUGGAAGAAAACAAAGAUGUUCAUGUGGAGAAUCUACUCUCUAUUCUUCCCCGGAAGGACAGAAGGUCCAUAAAGCGCCUUCUCUGCAUGGACUCACUUAAGAAAGUACCGAUGCUUCGAUAUAUGGAUGAAAGUGUGUUAAAACUCAUCUGCGACAAUCUGAAACCAGUAAUCUACACAGAGAACAGUUAUGUAAUUCGAGCAGGAGAACCACUUGAUCUAAUGCUCUUCAACGCAGAAGGCAUUAUAUGGACUUACACAACAAGUACUGAUGGUUCAAUAAAAUUGGGUUCCUCAAUCACACAGUGUAUUGGUAAAGGUGAUUUCUAUGGAGAAGAACUUUUGAGUUGGGCUUCCUCAUACAUGUCCUUCUCCGACCUCCCUAUCUCGACCCAAAAUGUAAAAUGCCAUACAAAAGUUGAAGCCUUUUCUCUCAUGGCAAAGGACUUGAAGGCUGUGGUCUCCAAAUUCUGGUGGCAUUUCAGCAAGGCGGUUCCCGAUUUGAACAGAAACAAUUCUCAGCUGGAGGAAUUGGCUCUUUCUUCCCUAAGAGCCCGUCGCCGCAAACGAUCAAAGAAGCAUAUAAAAGCUCCUCAGUUGUCUACUUACUCCCAAGAACUUGGGUACCUGCGGCUGUACCCUGUUAAUCGUUGCUAA